AUGCCUUUCCAACGGUCGAAAGACGAGCUGGAUCCGGACCAUCCAAAUCCAUGCUAUCCGCGAGCGUGCGCGAUCCAGUCAUGUCUCCAAAAAUCCGGCUUCGACCAAUCCAGAUGCGAAUCCUUGAUCGACGACCUGUAUCGCUGCUGCGCCAAGUUCUACCAGCAGCGCGGCAACGAUGCCGAGGCAGAUAGCUGUCCAAUACCUACCGUGGUACAAAGGAGGAUACACAACAUGCAGCACGAUGCCAAACGUCGUGAUGGAGGCUCGUUGCUCGAGACCAAAAAGCGCUGA